UGCUUUAGACAACGCUUUAGAUGCUUUACGAACAGUUUUUGAGAUAAUUGAUCAUUAAAAUUACAAUAAACAGGUUAAAAUGCGUACGCAAUGAAUUGGUCUAACAGAGGCAUAAGUCCUAGCUAAAUGUUAGAAAAAUUAUGUAGACUGUUCUAGCGAAUAAUACGUUAUAUCAUGUAUUAUGCUCCUAACCUAAACUCACUGUUUUGUACGAACGUAAUUUUUUGCCGGUAAUUCCAUUUGUAACAUUAAAUUAUCAAAGAACAAAAUGGCAUGCCGUCAAGUGUUGAAAGCUAUCAUCAGAAGAACAUGGCCUAUCAUGUAUGCUUCGACAACAUUGUUCGUUAACAGUACAUCAACACAAAAACCAUGUGCGGAUCAAAAGCUAACCCUGGAGCCACCUGACUCUAAAACAUUGUCAUACGAUUAUAUGAUAAAACAGUCGACAAUAGACGCUGUAAACACCGCCUCACAAGUAUUGACAAUCACAUAUUCUGCAAUUGAAUCAACAAGUAGAGAAUAUAGAAAUAUGUUGACUAAAUUAAUCGUCCUCAUAAGAGAAACUCUAAUAUAUGAAGUGUGCGAUUCACAUUGGGAUAUGAUUGUGGAAGUACGAGCUGAGGUUCAACUUAAAAAGGAUAUUCUUACAAAACUGAUUGGCUUUAUGGAUUAUGCUCACAAGAUGGCUGUUGCUGCAUCCGAAACAACAUAUCUAGCAGGCAUGGAUAAUCUAUCGACAACACUAUGCCAAAGAAUUGAUGAUGCCUUGAUAAAUAUGCAAAGAGAAAUUGAACUCAACAAAGUCCUGGAAGAAGAAUACUGCCAAGUUCAACAACAGUGUAUCAUAAAAUCUACAAAAGAAGACGUUUUGCAGAACCAGCAAGAAAGGCCGAUUUCUACACCAACCCUCAAUUCAGAUUUAGACCUGGACGAAAUAGUUCAUUCCGUUGAUUCCUAGCUUCUGUAAUUGUUUUAGUACGUAAUGUUAUAACAUUUUUAAUAAAUAUAUACUGAAGUUUUACAUAUAUGUU